AUGUCAACAGAUAGAGCACGUCGUCAACGACAAUCAACUACAAAUGACACCAAACGUUUAGGUGCAUUAGAAAAAUUGAAACAAUCCCGUCUAACAGGGGAAAAAAUUAGUUUGGAGGAUGAUGAAUCCGAGCAUGAUAUUGAUCAUGAUGAAUAUAGUGACUAUGAAAAUUAUGAUCAAACUGAUGAACUAUCAUCAAAUGGUAAAAGAAAAUCAAAACAACAAAAACAGCAACGUAGUGUAAAACGUUUGAAGAAUGAACAAUCAAAAACAUCUGACAAUGAUGAUGAAGCGGAAGAUGUUGAAAGUGACUCAAAACAGAAAAUAAAAGAUUCAAAACGUCGUGGACAAACGUAUUCAAAGCCACAAGAAGAUAUUGUUGUUAACAAUGAUAUUAAAGCGAUGUUUGCUGCAUCGAAACAACGAACGAUACAAAAACAAGAAGAGAAACAAAAAAUGCACGCAGAUGAUUUGUUAUUUGAUAUAAUGCAAGAAUUACAAACAAAAACAGUAAAAGUUCGUGAUACAAAAAUAUCAAAGAUUACGGUUCCUUCUUCGUCAGCAACUUCCAACGUUACUCGACCCUUGCCAUCUUCAACCACACUUCAAAUGCAUCAUCCACCGCCUAUUUCUCAACCCAAGAUUCCAGAGAAAACGUCCGACAUUCAAAAUUCGUUGAUGUCAAACGAGGAUUAUUUAGCAGCAUUCAGUGAUGAUUUUGAUGAUAAUCCCAUAACAACGAUUGAGAAACAGAAAGUGAAUGCAAUCGAUUGGGGUGACGACGAUGAUAGUGAUUUACUAGCAAACGUUAAUGUAAACGAUCAAAAAAUGUCAAAUAAAACUAAUGAUGCCUUUAUGGGUUUUCAAUCGGCCGAAAAACUGCUUCGAAGUACCUCACAAUCAUUGCCACUUCGUCCUACAUCGAUGCAAUAUGAAACCCAAGAACUACAAUUUGUAUCUGACGAAGAACUGAUUAAAUCAACUUUGACAACUAAUGACACUACAUUAUCAUCAACAACAUCAGCAAAUAACGAAACAAAUUCGACUACAAAUCAAAUUCAUGUUUUUUGGUUUGAUGCGUAUGAAGACAAUAUUACACAAGCUGGUAAACUGUUCUUAUUUGGUAAAAUGCCGUUGAAGAAUGAUGAUUUACCGACUGCAACCUAUGUCAGUGUUUGUAUUAUUAUUGAAAAUAUUCCAAAACAAAUUUACUUAUUACCGAAACAAAAUAAUUCAGUGGUUGAUGUUCAAAAUGAAUUUGAAGGAGUAGCAAAAAAAUAUAAAAUAACCAAUUAUACAUGUUCGAUUGUCAAAAAAAAACGUUACGAAUGUGAUUUAUCUUCUACAGACGGUCUCGUUGAAAUGGAUUAUGUUGAGAUUAAAUAUCCUGCUCGGUGUUCAUCUUUACCAAGUAAUUUACAAGGUGAUACAUUUAGUCAUAUAUUUGGUACAAAUCAGUAUGCACUUGAAUAUGUAUUAGUUGAUAAAAAAUUGAAAGGACCAUGUUGGUUAAAAAUUAGACAGUGUAUUCCCGUCAAAUUACGACGCAGUUGGUGUAAAGUUGAAUAUAGUGUCGACUAUUAUUCUGAUCUAGAGAAAAACUUAUCAAAUGUUGAAAUAAAUUUUCAACGUACAGAUCUUCCACCAGUAGUGACAUUAACUUUAUCAUUUGUUACAUUACCAAAUACAAAAACACAUGAAACAGAAUUGGUUAGUGUUGCUGGUCUUGUUCAUCAACAAUUUCCGAUUGAUCGUGGUGCACCAAAUCCACAAUAUCAAAACUAUUUUGUUGCGUUAACAAAAACAAAUGAAUGUAUUUUGCCAGUUGGUCUAUCAAAAGUAGCUGAUACACAGAAUAUAAAACUUGAAACUGUGGCUAGUGAACGUGCAUUACUUACGUAUUUGAUAUCGAAACUUCAAACACUUGAUCCAGAUGUGAUUGUUGGUCAUGAUAUGCGUAUGUUUGGUUUGGAAUUAUUUUUGACUCGAUGUCAAAAAUUAAAAGUAGGUUUAACCUCAUCAAAGAUUGGCCGUCUUCAUCGUAUAUACGAUUCAAAAACAAAGGUUUCAGCAAUAAAAAAUCCAACAUACGGUCGUCUAUUAUGUGAUAUUAGCGUAUCAGCUCGUGAAUUAUUAACAAAAUGUAAAUCAUAUGAUUUAGACGAAUUAUGUAAAACAGUUUUAACACAGCAACAAUAUGAACUCUAUCGACAAUACAAUAUUGAACAAAUCAGAGACUCAUACAAUACUUCAAGUACACUUAUCGAUCUUGUUCAAGCAACUUUGAAUAAUACGUCUCUAAUUCUGAAUAUUUUUUGUCAAUUAAUGGUUUUACCACUUGCUUAUCAGUUAACAUGCAUUGCCGGAAAUCUAUUGAGUCGCACGUUAAUGGGUGGACGAUCGGAAAGAAAUGAUCAUUUGCUAUUACAUGCAUUUACGGAAAAAGAUUAUAUUGUUCCUGAUAAAGUUCCAAUGCAACGUGCUGGAAAACGAAAUGAUGUUCAUUUAGCUAACGAAUCAGACGAGGACGAUCAGAAUGCCGAUGUUGGAAAUGAAGAAGAUGGAAAGAAGAAAAAAGCGUCAUCAUCAUCCUACACCGGUGGACUUGUACUACAGCCAAAAAAAGGUUUUUACGAUCGUUACAUUUUAUUGCUUGAUUUUAAUAGUUUAUAUCCGUCGAUUAUACAAGAAUUCAAUGUUUGUUUCACAACUUAUUUGAAAAAACCAUUAUCAGAUAAAAACAAUGGAGAUUUAACUCAACCAGAUAAGUUACCGUCUAAUCACGAAGAAGAUGGAGAUGAUGACGAAGAUAACUAUGAAAUAAUUCAAUUUGAUUCGAGUAGUACUGGUAGUAAAGGUAUUUUACCAUUAGAAAUAUACAAAUUAGUUGAAAGACGUCGUGAAGUCAAAAAAUUAAUCAAAGAAAAGAAAAAUGCAACUGAAGAACAACUCGUGCAGUAUGAUAUUCGUCAAAAAGCCUAUAAAUUAACGGCAAAUAGUUUAUAUGGAUGUCUUGGUUUUAAAUAUUCAAGAUUUUAUUGCAAACCAUUGGCAGCAUUUAUCACUUAUAAAGGACGAGAUAUGAAUUACGAUGUUAUUUACGGUGAUACAGACAGCAUUAUGAUUAAUACUAAUUCAAUUGAUUAUGAUCAAGUUUUAACCAUUGGUUCAAAGAUCCGUAAUGAAAUCAACCGUCAAUUUAAACAUAUUGAAAUUGGUAUUGAUGGCGUAUUUAAAUGUAUGUUAUUAUUGAAAAAGAAAAAAUAUGCUGCAUUAAUUAUUGAAAAAUCUCCAAUAACUCAAGAAUUUAUAACAAAAACUGAAUUAAAAGGAUUGGAUAUUGUUCGAAGAGAUUGGUGUCAAUUAGCCCGACAGACUGGCGCAUUCGUUGUCUCUAUUAUACUCUCUGGUCAAAGUCGAGAUGAUGUAUUGGAUACAAUUCAUAAUAGAUUAAGAGAACUUGGAGAAGAAAUGUCAAAUAAUUUAAUCGAUAUUCAUUUAUAUGAAAUUGUUCGACAAUUAUCAAAAGAUCCCAAAGAUUAUCCAGAUAAAAAAAGUUUACCACAUGUUCAAGUAGCAUUACGUUUGAAUUCAAAUUCAACGGGACGAAAAAUGAAACGAGGUGAUGCAAUUGCUUAUAUUAUUUGUGAAGAUGGUACAAAUUUACCUGCAAUGCAACGUGCUUAUACAAAAGAUGAAAUAGCUCUUUCAACAACAUUGAAAAUUGAUAAUCAAUAUUAUUUACAUCAACAAAUUUUACCGGUUGUAUCACGCUUAAUGGAACCGUUCGAAGGAACAGAUCAAGCAAUUAUUGCACAAUGCCUAGGCCUUGAUCCAUCUCGUUAUAAGCAUCGUCAUGUGCAUGAUAAAUCAGAUGAUCAGAAUCAAAUGUUAUCUGAGUUAGAAACAUAUAAAAAUUGUGAAAAGUUUACAUUUCAAUGUUUUAAAUGUCAAACGAAAAAUGAAUGGAAUGCACCAUUCAUAUUCAGUGAAGGUGAUUCAUGUUCUUGCAUCCUACUGCACUGUUUAAAUAAAGACUGCAAAAUGCAACCACUUGAGAACAUGGCAUUUAUACGAAAUAAUUUAACAUUAGCAAUUAAAAAUUAUAUUAAACGUUACUAUGAAAAUUGGUUAAAAUGUGAAGAUGAAGCGUGUCAAU